CCUGUCACUGGACAGUCUGGUGGUGUGUCAAAAACGAGAGCGCUGCCUGUCUAGAAAGCAUUUCUGGGCGUCGUUCGCGCACUUGCAACGCUCCUGUGCGUUUUGGAAACUGCUGUGAAUCGUGCUGUGGGGUCGGCAGGUUCGUUCGGCUCGUUUGCUUCGCAACAGAGGCGGGGCUCUGAUGCUCUGUGUGUCCGCGCGCGCAUGUCAAUAAAGUUUUUUCGAAUAGUUCAGUGUGCCUUUUGGAGAAUGGGUAGCGUCACUGAUGAUGAGGUUAUUCGGAAGCGUCUUCUUAUCGAUGGAGAUGGAGCUGGAGACGAUAGGCGCAUUAACGUGCUUAUGAAGAGCUUUACCAAAUGGUGUCAUUCCAAUUUCUCACCAGAGGAAGGGUUCUCACAGUAUCAGAGGAUGUUGACAUCUUUGGCUCAAUGUGAAUUCUCCAUGGGGAAAACCCUGCUUGUGUAUGACAUGAACCUGAAAGAAAUGGAGAAUUAUGAAGCAAUCUAUGCAGAUAUUGAGAGAAGUAUAACGUCAGCCCAUGAAAAAAUUGCAGAGUGCAAAAAGGAAAUCCAGAGAGCAAAAAGGAUAAGAAAAAACCGCCAAGAGUAUGAUGCUUUGGCCAGAGUUAUCAAGCAACAUCCAGACAGACAUGAGACCUUAAAGCAGCUUGAGGCUUUAGACAGAGAGCUUCAGCAGCUUUCACACAUCAAAGAGAAUGUGGAGGACAAGUUGGAACUUCGUAAGAAACAGUUCCACGUCCUUCUCACCACCAUUCAGGAACUUCAGCAGACUUUGGAGAAUGAUGAGAAGAUGGAAAGUGAUGAUACCCAGGAGAGCUCGAUGGAAAAUGGAGACUAGACUAACAUUUUUCCAGUUUUUCUGGAGAUGUACCCAUUAUCCUGUUAUUUUUAUUUUAUUUUUCAUGAACAUGUUUUCUAAAUUCAGUCUCUUUUUUUUUUGUU